UUUUGAGGCCAUAAAUAUCUCUUCACCCACAUCUCCCCUCCCACUCUCUCUCUCUCUCUCUCCCUCCCUCCCUCCAGGCUACAGCCAUGAGUGCAGCAAUCUUCACCGCAUGGGCGUCAAUUUCGAGCUGGUUCACCCCUACAGUUCUCUUCUGCCUCCUCAACCUCACAAUCGGCACCAUCUUCCUCUCCUCCAACUUCAAAUCCCACCACAAAAACCCACCAUACCAAAACCAAAACCACUCCGACCACAACCCGACCCAACUCGCCCGAGCCCCCUCCAUCCUGGACCGAGUCAGGUCCAUCAAUUUCUCCCUCUACCGAUCUGACUCACUCGACGCAUUACAACCCGACCCAUUACAAACCCAGCUCGCCCGAGCCCCGUCUAUCCUGGACCGAGUCAGGUCCAUCAAUUACUUCUCUUCGGACCAAUCCGACUCACUCGACCCAGCACAACCCGAACCCCAACAUCCCGAACCCCAACAACCCGACCCGGUACAACCCCAACUCACCCGAGCCCCGUCUAUUCUAGAGCGAGUCAAGUCAUUCAAUUUCUCUCUCUACGGGUACGACCAUCCUGACCCGAAGCACCAUUCCAAACUGGAUCACGUGACGAGGAGCAAGUCUGAUACAACCAGUGAGGGCGAGGGACACGCGGCUGCGGCGGCGGCGGCAAGGAUGAGGAAGUCGGUGAGCGAGAAGUGGAGGGAGGCGGAGGAGACGGCGGCGGAGGAGGAGGAGGAAGAGCUGCGGCGGCCGGCGACGGUGAGGGAGGGGAAGGGGACGACGGCGGCCGGGUUCUUCGGGGAGGAGGAGGAAGAGGUGGAUGCCAAGGCGGAUGAUUUCAUCAACAGGUUCAAGCAGCAGUUGAAGUUGCAGAGGCUGGACUCCCUGUUGAGGUACAGGGAGAUGCUGACCAGAGGGUCUUCGAGGUGAUUUCCACGGCGAACACAAUUUUAAAACAUAAUUCUGAACGUACUUGUGUCUGAAGUCAUUUGAUGUGGGUGGACCCUCACGCAUCGGUCAGCUCUAAACAGACACAAGUAUGUUCGGAAUUAUAUUCUGAACGUAUUUGUGUCUGAACAGCUAGUAUGUUCAGAAUUAUAUUCUGAAUGUAUUUGUCACUGAACGGUUCGAUGGUUGGAUGCAUAUGAGCCCAUAUGCAUUGAAUAGCUUCGGGAUAUGAUUGUGUUCGGGUUGUGUUUUAAAAUUAUGUAUGUAUAGCGUUGGAAGUAGCGAGGUUUUUUCACGGGAGAUGAUGAUGUCUUGCACGUUGACAAUUAUGCCACUCAUGUAGUUAUGUGUUACCCUCUUUUCCGUUGAAGGUGCUUAGGCUAUGUUUGGGGAGUUUAUUUUCUCCCCCCGGAAUUCUUGUGUAACGUGUACUGGUGCAUUUCUGGCCGUUUGUGACAACUUUUUCUUUUUUAUUUCUUAAAAAUUUGAUAAAAUACAAUGAUGUGUGGGUGUGUAAGAAUUUGGGAAAUUUAAGAUUCUAGGAAUGUAUAAAAAUACCAGUUCUGUGUUU